CUCAGAUGGUAAGCGACUGUUGAGAUAGGAGUGUCCUGUCUUGACCGAUGGCACAUUUCUUGCCUUAAGGCCGUGGAAGCAUCCAUCUCUUAGCCUACUUUGUAUUCCUCAGACAGUGAGGAGUAACCUAUCUUGACCCAAGGCAUAGUUCUUGCCUGACGGCCUCUCUUACUGGUAACUUCUGUUUUCUCAGCUACUGAGGAGGUGACUGCUGCCAUACCACUGACCAACAGCCAAUCCUAGGUCAGAGGGUCUGUGAGCCUGGUGGUCAGGGCCCUGCGGGGCCACCCCCUUGAGUCUCCCUGUAGAGGGAGGUUCUCGUGGAGGUGCAGAUUUUGUCGUCAACUCCUGAAGACUUUUGCAGAGUUGAGCGAUGACCUUUGUGGACAGAGCUGACUCUUCAGACUCGUCGGACCAUUGGAAUCAGCGCGGCCAUUCUGCAGCAGCCAGCACUGCAGACCUGGGUGCAGGCUCUGCUGACCAGAGCGCUGAGUCUUCAUCACUGAGUGAUGUUUCCAUUCACACACUUUCUUUAGGACCGGUACUGGGUGCUGUUUAUUCAGAGUCCACUGUUGCUGGUGAUGGCAUUCCUCCACCACAGAAAAUUCUUUUUCCGCCAGAGAAGAUUUGUCUUAAGUGGCAGCAAAGUCACAGAGUUGGCGCUGGGCUUCAGAAUCUGGGUAACACCUGUUUUGUCAAUGCGGCCCUGCAGUGUUUGACGUACACGCCACCUCUCGCCAAUUACAUGUUAUCACGUGAACACACCAAGACAUGCCAUGCAGGAGGAUUUUGUGUGAUGUGUAUAAUGCAGGCACAUAUUAUCCAGGCACUCAGUCAUCCUGGGGAUGCUAUUAAGCCCAUCGCUGUGAUCAGUGAACUGCAGGGUAUAGCUAGUCACUUCCGGUUUGGAAACCAAGAAGAUGCUCACGAAUUUCUUCAGUACACUCUUGAUGCUAUGCAGGAAGCGUGCUUACAGGGCAGCUAUGAAUUAGAUAGACACACUCAGGCCACCACCCUCAUUUAUCAGAUAUUUGGAGGCUAUCUAAGAUCAAGAGUGAAAUGUUUAAAUUGCAGAGGCGUUUCAGACACUUUUGAUCUGUAUCUUGAUGUUACAUUGGAGAUACAGGAUGUUCGCAGUGUUAACGAGGCAUUGGCUCAGUUUGUGAAGCCAGAACAGCUAGAAGGAGAGAACUGCUACAAGUGUAGCAAGUGUAACAGUAUGGUUCCAGCUUCAAAGAGCCUUUCUAUACACAGACCAUCUAAUGUUCUCACACUGUCUCUGAAACGGUUCUCCAAUUGUACCGGUAGUAAAAUUGCCAAGAUUGUGAAAUACCCAGAACAUCUCAAUAUUAGAGCAUACAUGUCUCAGCCUAGUGGAGAAGCCAUGCAAUAUUCUUUGUAUGCAGUGCUGGUCCACACCGGAUCUAAGUGCUGUGUGGGCCACUACUUCUCCUACGUAAAAGCAAGCAAUGGUCUGUGGUACCAGAUGAAUGAUUUCAUGGUAUCACCCAGUGAUAUUUCAUCUGUGCUGAGUCAGCAAGCCUAUAUACUCUUUUAUAUCAGGACCUAUGAUGUGAAGCACGGAGGUGAGGUUACUGCUCAUUUCCCCUGCCACCCCUGUCAGUUCUCUUCACACCCGGACACCCAUCAGUGUACCUCGACCAAAGAGCAGGCUGCACCAGGGUUUAAUGGACCACAGCUGCCAUCUCACAUGACACGGAAUCUGCCUUACUGGAACAGGAUCAGGGCACCAAUAGACACAUCAAGUAGUUCCACGUGGAGUCCUGGUGGAAAUCCCAAGGUGAACAGGCCUAGGCCUGUUCAAGCUUCUACUUCUGUUCCAAACCGUGUUCCUGGAAUGGAGCAAAGUCUGUUUGGGGACCUGACUGCAGAACUUGAGGCUGUCAGUGUUUCUGCUGGUUCCCAUGAUGAAGUGGACCCGAUUGCAAGUCUGUGUGAAAUGUUUAAGAAACUUUUGCUGACCCCGGAAAUCAGCCUCAAAUCCAUGAGAGAUGUGAUGUCAGAAACCAGCUCAGCCAUAACUGAUGUGUCUUUGCCCUUUGUAAAGAAACUUUGCAACAAGAACCAGACAAGCACGGGUGCAGACCCACUUUAUGAGCCCUGUGAUGCUGGGAAGGUAACACAGGACUGCAGCAAGGUGAACGGGUUACCUGAGAGCCUGCAGCACUCUGGACUAGCCGGGACAGUGGAGCAGCUGAGCCCGGCUCCCUUCACACAGUCAGAAGGCAGAUGUGAGCCCGGGCCCUUGGUUUCCCUCAGGGGAGAUCAGUGUGGUGACACAGGGGCUGAGACCCAGAAUAUAGGAGAAUGUGCCAAUGCACUGCCUUCUACUCAGCCACAGAGUACCCCAGGCACCCAUCCUGAAGGGGACCCUGCGCACAGCCAUGCCAAGGGGUGCAGUGAAGUUCAGGUUGUGCAGAAGGUUCCUGACCACCGUACACAAAAAAUAAGCAGCCGUACGCGAUGUGACCAUGAAGGUUACCAUUACCGUCACGACUGUUCCUCCACUGGGGAAGAUGUAAAGAAAAGCAGGGAUAGAAGCCAGAGCCGGAGGCGGAGCGGGAGCCGGAGCCGGAGCAGGAGCCGGAGCCGGAGCCGGAGCCGGAGCCGGAGCAGGAGCAGGAGCAGGAGCAGGAGCAGGAGCAGGAGCAGGAGCAGGAGCAGGAGCAGGAGCAGGAGCAGAACUGAGGGUAACUGUGACAGAAAGUGGCUCUGCUACGCGAGAAAGCACAACAAGCUGGAGUGCCAUGCUGUGCAGCACUGCAGUGCCAACCAGCACCCUCUGUGUUGUGGAGACAGAGUCAGUCCCGGGAAGCCCUGUGUUCUGAGCAGAUACAGCUCCCACCACUCCCAAACCUGGAGUGGGGCUCAGCAGGACUGGAGCCCAGACUGCUCCUCUGGCAGGGAGCAUCGCAGGCUUCCAGAGAAGUCUUACCCCAAGAAAAUGUGGUGGGACCAGUGCAGAUACCUCAACAGGUACACUCCAUACGAAGCCAGGGAGCGCAGUGUGAAACGGUCACACAAGGAUUCUUCCCAGGCCAGGAAGGGCCAGGAGCUGCCUGCCCUGCUGUGGGAGUGGACCGGCUUCCACAGCCCACACACUGGUGCUUCACCGCCUUUCCCUCUGCACCCUGAGUGCUACCCUCAGGAGAAAGCUGCCUUCGGGGCUGACCACAGUGGUUGCAGCCUGUCGCACCGGAUUCGUGGACAUGAAACCAUGAGGUCACGCAAGCGCAGGUACCAGAGUGCAGAAAGUAUCUGUAACGGGGGUAGCACACCAAAGAAAGCCCGCAGGAGCCUACCGAGAGACCUGGAGGAGCCUAACAAAUCUAAAGCCAAACACCAUGAGCGGGAGCACAGGUGUCUGCUGGACACAGACCUCCCAGUAGUGCAGUCAGACACUCAGCCCUGCAGAUACCAAAAGAAGAGGCACUCGGAGAACUUUGGAACAGAACCAGGACUUCACUCACCCAAGACCACAAGCUGUGAGACUGUGGAUGAUGUCUGGAGACCUCAGGGUAGCUCCCUGCUUGCUGAUGGCCUGCCUGUGGAGGGCUUUGGACUUUUUCAAAUGGAAAAGAAACCCUUAAAGCUGGACAGCAGGACUGACCGGUACCAGUAUGGCCAGGGUGAUUGACAACUUGGUCUCGGAACAAAUAAUAAUCACUAGCUCAGGUAAGUGCUUCCCCUGGGCAUUUUCUUCUUCAUAGAAGCACUGGGAAGGGACAGAGAAGGUGUCACAUUUCUGAGGAAAGUCAAGGGUCAUGGAGUGGUGAGCUAUGGAACCAGCAGCAAUGAUGGGGACCUCUGAAUUCUAAGCAAGCACUGGAGGGUGGGACCUCUUCUCCCUGGCUAGGCAAGGGGAGGCACUGCUUCUUCCCACCUUCUUCCGCGGAAGAAACCCACAGGGAACCCCCAUCAGAAUCAGCCACCAUGAGAUAAGCAUCUGGGAUGAGAAGCCCUUGUCCCCUCCCCAGAAAGCAGAGUCCAUCACAAGAGCUCAGCACCUAUGCCCGGUGGGUGGUCAGGCCGAGGCUAGGUCAUACCCCUCACUUGACACUGCCAUCUUGUUGGGAUGAGGUCCAGGGGACUAGUGCAGAGCCUUCAUUUUAUGGAGGCUGAGUCUGAGUCUCUGGUGUUCUGUAGUCCUGGGAGGUGGGGACUCCUGUUCCAUGUUAUCCACUGGUGGAAGCAAAGAGAGAGGUGAACCAUUUAACUCCUGAAAGGAAACUGUCUUUAUGGUACUCAUAAACCAAUCAGCAAGGAUGAUUUUAAAUGAACUUGGAGGUGAACUAUCGAAAGACGAUCAGUGUGCAGUUAAUUAACACUCUUUACUUGUGUGUCCUCAAGGGAAAGCCUUUAAGUCUGAGGACUGAAAGUCUUCUGGAGUGAAAGAGGAUCUAAGGAUUGGGAAGGACUGGCCACAGCUGGGUUCCAGGCUAUGCAGGUGCAGUGUGGCCCAGCAGGUGGUGCUUCCCUGGCCAGGGAAGCUCCUCUGCAGCUGCCUGGCUUCCAUGGGUUCCUCUUCUGCCUUCAGAAAGGCAGCCAUGGCUUCAGUUGAAAAGAGCUUCCUGAAGAGCAAGGGGACCUGAGGACUGGGGGGGACAGAAAGGGGAACCUGGCUCCGGGGGGACCCUCCUUUUGACUAAUGCCUGUGCCUCCUGUCUUUCAGAUUCAACAUGUUCCACAGCAGUCAUCCCAACUCGGUUACAGUAUUAACAUAAAUUUGUUCAAAUCUGGGUGAUGCCUCCUUAGUAAAUGCUGUACAUAUUUUGCCAUGAUUCUUUGGGUUUUUAUCUUUUCUUAAUUGCCCCUAUUCCAAAAGGAUGAACACUUUCUGCACCUGUGGACAUUGUAAAAUGCUGUGUAUAUAAAUCACAAUGAAAAUAACACUCAGCCACAGCACAUCUCACGUGCUGCUGAACUGCACAAUUACACACUCAGGCUGAGGACUCAUAUUUAUGUAGUGUUCCUCCAAGUUAGGCACGUGAUUGUGCAAGACCAACUGGGAAACCAUGGAAUUAUUAAAAGGACAAACUGACAGCACAGGGAUUUCAUUUAAAGACUUACUUAAAAAUUUACAAGCUUUCAACUCGACCUUUGAUGGCAGGCUGUUAUCUGUGGUGUCUGACACUAAAAAAUUAAUUUGCUUCCUAGUUUAAUUGUAUUCAGGUGUGAAAAGGUGUUUCACAGGCAAGAUUUGCUUUGGAACUUUGCGGAACUAUUCCAAACAACUUAGCAGCUAUGCUGAGUAUUCAUACUAUUAAUUUAAAGUCCAAAUACUUGUGAAGAUUACAGUAUGUUCUUUAUGAUAUAACCCUUUCUUAUACUGGGUCUUGUCACCUGUAGGAUCCUGGAGUCAGUUGUCAGCCUGGUCCUAAGAGUUCUAGUUAUGGACAAAAUCAUGCCGUGAUGUUAUUUUUCAUAUGGCUAUGCUAUAAUAUUGGAGCAGGGAGCAUGGUAUUUAGUAGUGUCUGUGUAAAUAAUUGCAUGGUUUAGACAGUUUGUGCGGUUCAGCGAUUCCUAGUUUGGUCUUUGUUCUCUUAAAGAUGGAAAAGCACUUGCUCCACUGUCAAUAUGCAGCAGGUGGAAUUGACAUAGUCCAUAAACGGCAGCAAAGCCGUCAGUUUGUGGCAUUUGUCAGCUUUUGUCCCCACUCACUUGCACCUGCAUCUUCUGUCUUCUCGUUCACUAUACUGAAAAGCUGCACAGUUCUGCCAGAAUCUCCAGGGGGGCCUCAGACCUCAGCGAAGGAUCCAGGGCCACCAGGCCGUGCUGUGCUGGGCCCAGCACAUCUCUAUUUUAAGGAAGCAAGCCUUAGACAGCCUUAUUUUAAAAACACAUGUGGUUUUGAUUUAGUGAAGGCAAUAUUGCAAGCUUUAACAGCCAUACACAUUUCACUUGCUUUGCUCACUUUACAGAAAAUUAUUGGUAGAUAUUUUAUUAUCGAGAAAUUACUCAUGUAAGUGGUAGGAGGUAUGUACAGUGAAUAGCGAAACACUCAAAUCAAUCUAUCUUAUGUACAUAUUGCUUAUAUUUCGGUUAAUAGAGACAUUUUCUGGGGAAAAAGAAAAUAAAAAUAAGAAAACUGGACUCUGAUCUAUAAUAGCAGCAGAGCAUCUGUGUAGAUGGGUGCAUUUUUAAUCUUAAAAACAAGCACUGCUUUAUAUGAGGCAUUAGAUGCUGCUUUAUUUACAAAAGUUUUAAUUUGAGUUCAUUUAGUGUCCCAUUAAACCACCUGAACUGUUUCAGGAACCUGGAGAUAUGGGGCCUCGUGUGCCCAUAGGGUCGGGCCAAAUAAACCUCAAAUGGUACCCGGGACCCAGGAAGACAGCUCGUCUGGUGGUGCUCUUUGUGGAGCUGCCAUCUCUGGGCCCAGGUUCCUGCUCAGAACUGCCUGCCACCCUUUGUCUCUGGAGGAAGCUUGGUUUCUGGCCAGACAUGGGACCAAUAAUGCAAGACAAAGUUUAGACCCUCACGUGGGGAGGCGAUGAGCACAACUGAGCCUCACUGUCUGCUCACUGAAGGGAGGCUCUUCCCACUUCUAGGUUGCCUGGUAUAGGUCAGGUACACAGCAGGAUGUCAGAUGCCUUCAGUGUUAAUACUGUCACAGAAAUCCUGGAGCUAAGCGAUGUCAAGCAAGGCUCUUGAUAGGGCAAGUUACUGAAGAUGCUGAGCCCCAGGGUCUUCUGCCUGAUCCUGGGUGAGCAGCCAUCUGGCAUAGAUGCACAGAGGUGACCGUGGUGAUAAAAGAUUCACCAACAAGACUCCAUGCUCACUUCUCUCAACACCUUCAACAGAAAGGCCCACAUGCCCCAGGAGGGUGCCCUGGGAUAGAUUUCUAGUACUGCAAGAGAAAACAUAAAAACACCUCCAAAUCAGCACUGCCCAUCUGCAGAGAACUUGGGGAGGUUUAAAAGCAGUUGCCAGAUAAGAGGAGCUACAGGGCCACCAUGAGGAGGCUCAGAAGCUCAGUCCCACAGCCUCACUCUUCUGUCCUCAUGGGAUCAGGGGUGAGCCUCUGGCUAAUGCAAGAAGACAGAGGACAGAGGGGUCCUCAGAACCAGCAGAGAGACUCGAUUUCUUUACACUCAGUAAUUCAGGGAAGAGAUUUACCAACUGCUUGUCUUUUCUGUGACUGUAGCCAACAGCUCAGCAAGCCCCACUUCUGCAAGGAUCCCAGUACUUUUGUCCCCACUGGCACAGUUUCCUGGAUCCCACCAGUGAUUUCUGGAGCUUGAUGACAUCCCACAGCGCUUACAGUGCAUGUGAGGCCACAUCAGCAUCACAGAACUGAACUUGGAGGAAGGCCAGCAGCAGUAAGAUACAUCUGGGGCCUGCCUCACCUCAGGCCCAAGCCAGUGGCUGCUCCUGCCUCAGGGACCAGGUCCCAGUGAGCAGAUGCUGCUGCCAUUGGCCCCUCCCUGUGAGGAGUCCCACUGACUACCCUCCCUAAAGUUGCAACCCCCACCCUCUGUGCUUUCCUGGGCUGCAUGGCAUCCUCCACCUCCUGUUUUCUGUCUACCUGGAGGGUGGAGGGCAUGGACCAUGACUUUGCUCUCCUCUGCAGGUGCCAUGGCCAGUCCUUCACUCAGUGAUGUUCCAAGCUGUGGUGUCCUGAGACCUGGUGAGAGCUGAGGUGCGGAACAGAAGUGGCCGCUGGGGAGGCUGAGUUUCCUUUGAAGGAGACUGGGGCUGCAGCCAUGAGAAACUGGGACCCACUGUUCAAGUUCACAUCCGAGACGCGGAGGUGAAAGCAGUCAGAAGCCUGAGAGGACGAGGGCACCUAUGACUGUGAGACUGCACCUCAGAGGGGAGAGAGGCCAGAACAGAAAGGGAGCACACAGGAGCAGCCUGCUCUGAGCAUGGUGACAAGUGUCCUCAGAACUGAGACGUUCAUGUGAAGGGGGGCAAAGCUUGGAGUGAUGUGCCCAUGAUCCAGGGACAGGCCUGCAAGGCAUUGUCCCUUGGUGCAGAAAGGCUUCUGGCCUGCUGAACUGCAGGAGAAUAAAGUUUUGUAUUUUAAGGCA